AUGCGAUUCGACAUUUUGUGUUCCCUGGGCCUCGUGGCCCUGUCUAGGGCGUCAACACUCAACCCUCCAGUUGUGCCCUUGAUUGUUCGAAACCCGUACCUCAGCACGUGGCUCAGCUCCGCAAGAGUCGAGCCUUGGGAGGCAUGGCCGAUAUUCUGGACGGGCGAAAACAUCGGCUUUGGGGUUAUGGCCUCCGUGCCAGACUCCCAAACCGUCUUCCCGCUUCUGGGUCGCCCACAUGACUCUCUUAACUCCGACCAGGAUUACACCAUAGCAUACCCCGAGUAUUUGGGUACGACAUUUGACGCGUCUACCACCAACUUGACCUUCACCGUCCCGAACAGCGCCGCCAACUCUUCGGCUACCGUCGUUCUUUCCUUCCUUUCGCCAAUCACUCCCACGUCGACACUGAGACAGUCACUGCCGGCUGCCUAUCUGUCUGUGCACGUUGAGGGUACUUUCGGUAUCAGCAUCUACCUUGACAUCAAUGGGCAGUGGGUGAGCGGCAACAGAUCCAACAAAAUCCGUUGGGACCUGCACGAUGAGCUACUCACCCCCGAGGGCGACUCCAGUCAGCCUCGUAAGACAUGGAGAAUCUCGAGAGACCACCAGGAACUUUAUACCGAGUUCAACGACAGAGGUGAAUGGGGAACCAUACACUUUUCUGCCCCUGCGGGUGUCAAUCAUCAGGCAGGGACCUCUGCUGCUUUGCGGCAACAGUUUGCCCGUCAUGGCCACCUGAAAAAUGCCACCGACCAUCAGUUCCGAGGCAUAAUGGACUCGGAGCCUGUUUUUGCUUUCUCGAAAACCUUCAACCUGGGUGCGAAUAAAGGCGCAGUCAAGAAAACUGAAGAUAGCCUACUGUUCUCCUUCGCUCUCAUCCAGGAUCCAAUUCUUCAAUACGCCGCGGCCAGGGGACUAACCCAUAUGCGGCCAUACUGGGCCAGCUUCUUUGAAACUGCGGAUGAAAUGGUGGCUUAUCACUAUGGGGAUUUCAAGACAGCUAGCUCGCUCGCCCUGGCCUACUCCCAGCAGCUCUCGCGAGACGCCUUUGCUUCAGGCUCCAAAGAGUACGAGGAGAUUGCUGCCCUGUCGGCCAGACAAGUAUUUGGCGCCACCGAGUUCUCUGGAACCCCUGACAGUCCGCUGUUGUUCUUGAAGGAGAUCUCCUCAAACGGAAACUGCCAGACUGUUGAUGUUAUCUUCCCGGCAUUUCCAUUCUUCCUCUAUACCAAUCCGCGCUGGCUGGCCUACCUUCUAGAACCACUCUUGGAGCACCAGCUCUCUGGCCAGUAUCCCAACGACUACAGUAUGCACGAUCUCGGAUAUCAUUUUCCCAACAUGACGGGUCAUGGCGACGGCCGAGACGAGUUCAUGCCGUUGGAGGAGUGCGGAAACAUGCUCGUAAUGGGUUUGGCGUUAAUCAACGCAUACCGUUACGACGCAGCCCCGGCUUCAAAUGGCUUGUCUGUCAUGGAAGGAACUCAGAAGCUCAAUAUUUCCGAAGUUCAACAACGUUUCGUGGACACUCAAGGCAUCGACAAAACAUGGAGUGAAAUGGGCACAAGUGGACUGAAGGAAGCCGAAAGCUGGGCAGAGCGAUCGUACAAGCUAUGGCAACAGUGGUCCGUUUGGCUCGUAAAGGAAGCCCUUAUGCCGGCCAAUCAACUCUCAACAGAUGACUUUGCAGGCUGGCUGCCAUACCAGACAAAUCUAGCACUCAAGGGUAUCAUUGGCCUUCGAGCCAUGUCAGACAUUGCGGAGAUGCUGGAUCACAAAGUUGAUGCAAAAUACUAUCGCGAUGUUGCAGAAGAAUAUAUCGCGAAGUGGCAAAAACUGGCAAUUUCGCGCGAUGGUACGCACGCCAAACUUGCUUACGACUGGUACGGGUCGUGGACGACGCUCUACAACCUCUACGCCGAUUCCCUGCUUUGCUUCCACGUGCGGCCGUCCAGCAACAAGACAGCCUUGAACACAAUGUUGGAAAACCACAGUGGACAGCAAAGGCCAUUGUCCAAUGAUGACGACGUGGCCGCCAGCAAGGAGUGGCAGCCCUUCAUCCCCGACGAAAUCUACAAGAUACAGAGCGAUUGGUACUCUGCGGUCAUGCAGAAGUACGGUCUCCCGCUCGACAGCCGGGCGCGCUACACCAAGAGCGACUGGGAGUUCUUCGCGGCGGCUGUGGCCAGCAACAAGACUCGCAAGGUGCUGCUCGACAGCGUGGCACUCUGGGUGGACCAGACGAGCACCAACCGGCCUUUUACGGACCUUUACGAGACGGAGGGCACGGGUGGUUUCGGGUGCGGGUUGGAAUUCAAGGCGCGGCCGGUGGUCGGUGGACACUUUGCCUUUUUGGCGCUAGAGAGAGCAUGUGGGGGACGAGCGAUGGAGGGAUUAAGGUUCUUGGACCUUCGGUUUGAAGAAGCCGUCGAUGUGGAGAAAUCUUUGGCUGAUGAUAGGGACGAUGGUGGAUGGGAUGAAUUGUAA